AUGUAUAAGUACGGUAUUUUAGUUCUUUAUCGUAUUAUUCACUAUUGUCANAAAUCUUUAAGUGACACUCGAUGGGCUUGUCGUGUCGAAGCCGUACGCUCUCUACUAGAUAAUUUUGAUGCCACUCUUGCAACUUUACGGGAGAUUUACGAAAAAGACAAUGAUAGUGGUGGACAAGCCAAUGCGUUAUUGAAAAAUAUUGAGGACUUUAACUUUGUAUUUGAUCUUUUAUUGCUCAAAAGAGUUCUAUCCCAAUGUGAUGUACUGUCAAAAACACUUCAGUCAAGUAGUGUGACUUAUGAAAUUGUGAAAUCUGUAAAAAACAGCACUCUUGAUGUAUUAAAAUCCUUCAGAACACAUGAAUUUUUCACAAAGUUGUUUGAUCACUGCACAGACAUCACUGACAAGUGCGGGUUUAAAACCGCCCAACUGCCAAGAAAUAGCCGAAUUCCACUAAAAAUUGGUGGAGGAAGUAAAACCCCAUUUGAAUCUGUAGAGCAGUACUACAAAGUAUCAAUCCUUUGGCCAGUUAUUGAUAUCCUAAUCGAGGAGAUAGAGGCUAGACUUCAAGAAAACAUCCUAGAUGUACUUAACCACUUAAGUGGAGUUCUAGGUGGAACCGAUGUAGACACAGACUUUGUGCAAUAUGUGUCUAAAUAUUAUAAUUUAGACAACGAACUUCUUCUAUCUGAACUUAGAUGUUUCCUUAAAAUGGAAGAAUCAAGAAACAUAUCAAUUCAAGAAAGAGCUGACGUUUUUGUUCAUAAAUCUUUGAAAAAUGUGUUUCCUAUGCUUUUUGAACUUUUUCGUUUGUUUUUCACGAUUCCAAUGAACUCGGCUUCAUGUGAAAGGUCUUUUUCAUGCUUGCGUCGAUUGAAAACAUACACCAGAAGUACAGUUGGACAGGAUAGAUUAUCAUCUUUGGCUCUUUUAGCCAUCGAAAGGAAUGUAAAAGUAAACAUUUCUAAAGUUAUUGAUGAUUUUGAUUUAAACCGAAAUAGAAGACUUCAUUUUGUAUGA